AUGAAAAGCAGAAUAUGUAGCGUUAAAGAGGUUGUUCACUAUGUGUUCCUCACUCUCUUGUCAAUCUCAUUGAUCGUAUCACUUGCUGCACCAUGGUACUCCUAUCAACAAUGUUACGAUGGUAAUUGCUCGGACCCUCUCUUAUUCCAAAAUGGUAAUGAAGAAAUGGAAGAUUUGCUUUGGUGGAUCCCAUUCGUCGUCGGCAGAGUACAUGCUAGUCAUGCACUCACACUUUUCUGUUUAGUAUUGACUCUUAUCAGUUUACUUAUCACUACGAUUAAAGUAAUUAUAAAGAAAUUGAAACAAACAAAAGCCUAUCAAAUCGCCAAAAAGAUUUCUCUAUUUUCUAGAUUUGCAAUCCAUUUAUUUUUGGUUACUUGUUCGGCAGCUGCUUGUUUAAGCUUUAUCGGUAUCAACAAGGAUCUGUGUAACGCGUUACAGACUAAUAAUAACUUUAGUCUAGGAACUAUAUUCCCAGGUCUUUGUAACCACUUUUCUGGAUCGCAAGAUGCCACCCGAUCCGAUCCAUAUAGUAACUAUUAUAAUUUUUCUAUCAAGUGGGGACCAAAGUCUGGAUUCGUCUUUUCAGCUCUAUCGACUGUAUUGGUAUGGAUUUAUAUACCCUACCUAAUCUAUGUCGCCAUAGCUUGUUUCAGAUCUAGAUCUAAAUCAUCCCAGACUGCUCCUACUAUGUUACCCCCCAAUACAAAACAACACGGUGGAUAUACUCAACUCCAACAACCACAACAACAAUUCCAACAACCACAACAAUUCCAACAACAACCUCAACAACCACAACAAUUCCAACCACAACCACAACAACAAUUCCAACAAGCACAACAACAACAACAAUUCCAACAACCUCAACAACAAUUCCAACAACCUCAACAACAAUUCCAACCACAACCACAACAACAAUUGCAACAACAACAAUUCCAACCACAGCAACAAUUCCAACCACAACAACAACAACAACCUCAACAACAAAUACAACUCCAACAACCACAACAAACCCAGCAACCACAACAAAAACAACAAAAACAACCAAAACAACAAAAACAACCAAAAGACCAAGAGUCACAGAUUUCACAUAAUCCAGAUGACUAUGAUCUCACCAAGGAAAUAUAA